AUGAAAUGUGUAAUAUGUUGUGUUUUUACUUGUAUUAUAAUACCGUGUUUGGCCUAUAAAACACACCUGAACGGAACGUUGCAAUUCACAUCAGUGGAGAACAUAGUCUGGGUCACUGAUAGUGACCCUGAGUUUGAUUUACACACUAAGGUCGGAAGGACUAUUUCAGAUGUUCUGGACUUGAAAAUAGAUCAAGUGAAUGAUAGACUGUGCAAUGAGAUUAAAAAGGAUUUAUCGAUAGUGGACUCGUGUCAAAUAUCGCACGACGAAUUAAAAGUAAAACUGAGAGACUCGUACCUCUUGGAUAAGCUGGACGAAAUGGAAAAGGAUGAGAGACUGUCAGUAGGAAAGCUGACGAACGAGAAAGUAGUGGUAGACUACUUUAGCCCGAACGUAGGAAAGAUGCUGCACAUGGGCCAUAUAAGGUCGCUGGUGAUAGGACAAAGCCUGUCGAACCUGUUGGAGUUCUCAGGAAGCAAAGUGUGCAGAAGAAACCACGUGGGAGACUUCGGACUGCAGUGCGGAAUACUGAUGAGGUACCUGAUGGAGUACGACGUGAGAAUGAUGGAAGCACUGGAGGUGGAGAGCCUGCCCCGAGACCGCGCCAUCAAGGAAGAGAGGAAGUAUUUCGGAUUCAAAAUACCAGAAAUGGAGGAAGACUACAGAGAGAGGACACUGCACCUGCCGCUGCCAACAUUUUCAGACAAUCUGAUACUAUCGACAGUGGAUAGCUACUACAAGUUGGCGUGCAACAAGUUCACGGAGGACGAGGAGUUUUGUAGAAGAGCAAGACACGAAGCAAUGCUGUUGCAGAAUUCAAAGAGCCAGGGGCAGAAGCAGUGGGAAAAAUUGAGAAACACGUGCGUGGGACACUAUGAAGAUAUGGCAUACUUCUACUACAUGGAUGGGCUGAAAACGAUACCAGAAAGCUACUAUAAGAACGUGGCAGACGAAUUGAUAAGCAAGUUGGUGAGAGAGAAUAAGGCAAGAGAGGAGGGAAAGGAGGUCCUGGUAAACAUACCUGGUCUGUACCGUGAGAGUGAGGAACAAGAAGAUUUGGAUGAUUUGGAUGGCGAGGAAUCAGAAGCUGCCGAGUCUGAAGACAGCGAUAGCGUCAACAAGGCAGUUUUGAGGACGGCGGAAGGGAGUUUGACAUACAUGGCAACGGACCUUGCAGCCCUGUCUCACAGAGUAAGCUGGAACAAGCCGGACAGAGUAAUAUAUGUGACUGAGAGCAACCAGAGACCACACUUUAAAAAGCUCUAUAAAAUAGCAAAGAAGCUCGACAUGUUAAACGGGUGUAAGGUGGAACACGUAGGAUUCGGACAAGUGAGGCUCGAAGGAGCAGGAAAACUGAGGUCUAGGUCGGGCAGCAAGUGUAGUCUGGUUGACAUCACGAAGCAGGUGGUUAAACUAGUGGGCGACGAAAUAGUCAAGAGAGGGGACUACUUGGAGCUCAAAAGGCCGCUGCUGUCUAGAAAGAUUGGAGUGGGAUCCAUGAUUUUCAGCGACCUGAGUGUGGAGAGGCACUCGGGAUACAACUUUUCGCUUGAGCGUCUGAUGAAUCAGGGCAACAACGGGCUCAUUGCGAUCCUCUACGCGUACGUAAGGUGUCUGUCGCUGCUGAAGAAGACGGAGCAGCUGGAGCCGCUGGAGAAAAGAGAAUUCAGAAACGCCUCGGAGAGGAACCUGGGAAGGUCACUCCUCGGGUUCGAGAACACGGUCCUCUCAGCAGUGGCGACGCGUGAGCCGCACAGAGUUUGCAGGUACCUGAGGGCGCUCUGCAAGGCCUUCAGUCGCUUCUACGAGGACACGCAGGUCAUAGAGGACGGCAAGGCCUACUCACUCUCCGUGAGGCUGGUUAAACUGACUUCAAGAGUGAUAGAAGAGGCGCUGAAGAUACUGAACAUACAGCCAGUGCAGCAUUUGUAA